AUGUCGCUGCAAGCGUCGUGCCUUCUGGCACUGGCCGACGCGUUGACCAGCAGCACGACCGACGUCGACACCUUUGCAGCCGCCACGUCAUCCUUACCCGUGCACUUGCGCCAUGGGCUCUGGUGCUUCCUCAAGGUCAAGGACACGUGUUCGCGCGCCGUGCUAACCGCCGUCUUGAGCGAUGAAUUCGAAGACGUGCAUGUGACUGGCUACAAAGGCGACCUCGCUGCGUUUGUCGACGCGUGGCGAGACACGAACGUCGGCUGCAGCGUGGCGACGCUGACGCUCUCGAGCCUUCCGUGGACGGCCGCCGACUUGUUUGUGAUUCUCGACGCACUCCCGCAGCUUCGUCUUUUGGACGCUGCCUAUGUCAACGCCCUCCACGACGAGCACGUGCGCAGUGUCGUGGCGUCGGCGCCAAUGUUGUGCGAGCUGCGCUUGAGCUGGUGUUCUCUUGUGACCGACGCCGCCAUAAGGCACAUCGUCGCCCACGUAUCUGAGACGCUUCAAGUGCUCUUCAUUCCCGGCUCCGCCGUCACGACGCACGGUGUUUUGCAGCUGGCGGCGUGCAAGCAACUGCGGCAGCUCAACCUCCAAGCUUGCGACCGCGUGGACGGCUUGCCGCUAGGGCUUGAUCAUCUCACGCAUAUCGACGUGCGAGGACUGAGCUGCGUGCCCAACGACACGUUGAUGGCGGUCUUGGAACCGGUGUGGCCGCAGCUGUGCCACGUGAGUCUCGGUGAGAGCAGUCUGAGUGGAUCUGCGUGGGUGCAACUCGUCGCCACGACGCACACUCGUCAUGACCAUCUCACGCACCUCGAUCUAUCGUGGUGCUUCCAGCUCGAGGCCAAAGCACUUGCACGGAGUCUCCCGGCGUUUUCUCGACUACAAGUGCUCAAAUUACGUUGCUUGGACCUCAACGACGACGUCCUCUUCGUCAUGGCAACGACGUGUCCGGACCUGCGCAAGCUCAACCUCGCGCGGUGUCGCUACGUGACAGACGACGGACUCUGCCACAUAGCAAAGCACUGCACGCGGCUCGAAGUUGUCGACUUGUCGUGGUCGAUCGCGUCGGACAGGACCGUGCGCACGUUGCUUUCUCAUGCGAUAUCCUUGCAGCGCCUCAGUCUCCAAGGCUGCAAAGCGCUGCAUGGCGCCUUCCUCGACGCGAUGCGCAUCGACAAGAUUGCUACGCGCUUGACGCAUCUCGAUCUCUCGUGGGUCGAUGGCGUGGCCACCGAAACGGUGCAGGCCCUCGUGGCACAGCUGCCAACACUCGAAGUCCUCGGGUACUAUGGCGAGCGUAUUUUGCACUAA